GCUCCAAUUUGAAAACCGCUUUCCUCCUCCUCGCCUUUCCUCCCUUCGGCUCGGAGAACCUCUCUGCUUCCUCGGGCGGCGCGCCCUCGCCGCUCGCCGGCCGCCAUGGCUGCCGCUUCCGAGGUGAGGGUAGCGAGCAGGAGGAUCGUCGACUACCUCAACGACGGCGAGGAGCUCGGGGUCGAGGAGGGCGCGGGGGCGGAGACGCCGCCGUGCACCCCCGCGGCGGCGGCGGCGGGGCAGGCAGCGAGGUCGGUGCUGCCGAGGUUCGGGUGGCCGCGGCUCGCCAGGCUUGGCAGAAAGGGCGGCGCCGCGAAGGGGAAGGGGAAGGAGGAGGCCGAGGUCGUGGUCGUGGCGGAGAAGCGCGACGUCCCGCCCGUGGCGGCGUCUACCUCAGCUCGCGAGCCCGCGGCGGCAACCGACGCGAAGCACACGGACCUCGGCGUCGGGCUGAGCCUUGUGUUCCUGCUGGCCAAGACGUCGGACGAGUUCAACAAGAUGGUCAAGGUGCGCGCGGAGAUGGAGGCGCUCCUGAAAGAUAUCAGAGACGAGAUCAGGAGCAAGGAACGCCAUGACGAUGCACCGAAAGCUGGCAACCACGAGUCCACCACGUCGAGCUGCGUCACCGACGGGAACGACCGGAGCUCUAGCGCCCGCAUGGAGUAUCAGGCCGGCACGUCCGGCGGCGUGGAGCCGGCGAGCUGCGAGAAAACGUUCCAGGAUGGUGGUUGGUGCGCGAGGAUGGACGACGUGCUCGAGGAGGAGUUCCACGCCGAGCUGGAGAUGCUUAAGGUUAAUUACGAUUCAGAGACCCUGUCAGUUCUGCCUCAAGAAGAAGGAGAGGAAGAAGAAGAAUACUAUUCAGAGCCAUACGAUGAGAUGGCAGGCUACGGAAAUGGAGCUGAUGACGAUUCAGGGGAGGAGGUUGUUGAGGACGAAGAACAAGAAGAAGACGACGGUGACGAUAAUGCCGAUUAUAAUGGAGUUUCUGCAGUUGAGCUGGAGAGGAGGCUCCACGAGCUUCUCCAUCAAAGGAACCGGGACCGGAUCGAGGAGCUGGAAGCCGCGCUGCGACGUGCGGAGAAGAAGCUCGUCGAGAAAGAAAUGGAGGUGUCUCUGUGGAAGGACACAGCUAAAUUGGCGCUGAGACAAGACAAUGAGCUGCAAUGAGGAGAUUGCGUGGAGUUGAUAUACCUCUUGGACACAAUUCAUCGGUUGUACAUGACCACACGCGAACUUCCGAGUUUGCUACGGUCAACUGCAGAAUGGAUCUUCUGCGGAAGAUAUAAUAGUGAACCUGUUCAUACCAAAGCUUAGCCUCUUAGAUUGCCAGGGAACGUUUUGAUUUUGGGUAAAAUUAGUUGAAUACUGCCUAAGUUAGCCUGACAUUUGACACUGCAAGUUUUAGCAUAUCUAACUUGAGAAGGAGGCAGGGGCAAAAACAUCCAAUCAGGUCAAAAA